AUGUGGCACUUCCUCGAUCUGAGUCAAGACCAGAAACUUGAAAGAAGGCGUCUAUUGGAUCUGUAUGGCUCGUUGGCUCAGGUUUCGGCUCUCAUACCUCUUGCUAUCCUCCAGAUAUACUUCUUCAUUGGAUGGCUUCAACGUAGAUGGGCGAGGAGAAAUGGCGGAGACGAUAUACCAAGCUCACCUCAAUUGAAGAAACAGCGAUCGGAUGGUCUUACUGGAUCCGUGGCGAGGUCGAAGGAGACGUGGAGGAAGGUAUUCUGGUGGAUGGGCGAUACCAUCGAUAUCUGGGGAUCGCGAGUCAAAAAGGGAGAAAUUGUCGCUGGAGUAGUGUGGACAGCUUGGUUGUUAUUCUUGAGCUGUGUUCAAACUCAAGGCGAUUACCUCCACCUGACGAAACGAUUUGGUAUCGUAGGUGCAUCGCAACUGCCACUACAAUAUCUUCUUGCCUUCAAGUCGCCGUUCAGUCCUGUCCACCACCUCACCGGAUGCUCCUGGCCAACUCUCAAUGCAGCACACCAAGUCCUGGGUCGCAUCUCGACGCUUCUAUUCUAUCUGCACGCAGGGUUCUAUCUGAACUUCUUUAUCCAAGCACACGUCCUAGCAAAACGCAUCAAGGACUGGGAUGUUAUUCUCGGACUAGUCGGAACCAUCGCUUUCACAGCUGUAGGAACAACUGCACUCUCGUGGGUUCGCAAGUUGAGUUAUCGAGUGUUCUACACCACACACGUCACUCUGGCCAGCAUAUUGCUUCCCGUGCUCUAUUUCCAUGUCCACCAUAUUCGCAUCUACAUUUUGGAGACGCUGGUAGUAUAUGCAGUGCAUCUGGUACUGCGUAUACUCAACGAACACAAAGUGGAGGGGUCCUUGACCAUGGUAUCUGGUACUUCCAACCUUUUGGAAAUCAACAUCCCCAUCUCUGCAAAGUCGAAGACAAAGUCCAUCAUGCAUUGGCUACCGGGUCAACACGUCUAUGCUUCAUUGGCAAACGGACCGGUAUACACGCGUUCGCUCAAAUCAAGAAGUCCAUUCACCAUUGCAUCUCUACCAUCUGAAGAUGGUAACCUCAAGCUGGUAGCCAGAGUACUGGAUGGAAAUACCGCUGCUCUGGCAAAAGCAGCAACAGAAGGAGCGACUGGCAAGUCCACUUCCAUGCCGCUGAUCCUAGAGGGACCAUACGGCUUGUCAACACAUUCAAACACCUUACUCGGUUACAAUCGUGUUCUUUUCAUAGCCGGCGGAGUGGGUGCAACUUUCAUCGUACCGCUCUACAGAACGCUCCUCAAAGAUCUUUCGCCGAGUCCUGGAAGCCGCAGGAGACAAAAUGUCGCAUUCGUCUGGGCAGUAAGAGACGAAGCAGAGACGAACUGGGCAGUUCCAGAAGACGAACAAGAAAAGAAGGGCAUGCAAGAGCGCAUGACCGUCUACGCCACUAGAAGUGGCAGGAUGGACGAAGAUGAGCAAAAGACAAAUGAGAUGGACGAGGGCAUCGAGAUGGAACGACUGCUACCAAGCGGAGGCAUGGAUAGUUCAGCACAAGGAUGGCAGAUUAACCAUGGCCGUCCUGAUUUGGGCGAGAUGGUAGACAGAGCAUUCAGCCACACACGGGAAGAUACAAAAGUGGCGGUUCUUGUCUGUGGUCCAAGGUCAAUGGCUGACGAGGUUAGGAUCAAGAGCAGUAAAUGGGUUGGCAAGCGGGAUAUUUGGUUACACGUCGAGGCUUUUGGGUUGUAG